CUUCAUUAGGAAUUCAUAUGAUUUGCCACAGCUAAGUAGCUUUAUUGUAUUUCCUGGAGAUAAGCAUCCAAAAUUUGGAAUUUUAAAAGUACUUCUUAUUUUAAUGGAAGUGACAGACAUUACCUGUGUUGUUGUGGAAAAGAGAGAAAGUAAAUCACUGCUUUAAAAUUAUUUGAAUGUGCAACUGGUGCAUCUCACCCUGAGGCGGUAUUUAAAGACACAGUGAUGCAAUAUUUAUAGAAACAGAACACAAGGCAAUAUUUAUAGAAACAGUCAUAUGUCCACCACAUAAUCAGACUGGAUUCAAUUGUGGCCUUUCACUCAAGAUAAAAUAAGCAGUUUGCUUUUUUAUUUUGUGGAAGACUAACAUUUUGAGUCAGUUUUGGCUUGUUGAGUCCCUGGAAAUUAAUGUUCCAGACUAAACAUUUUUGAUGAAUACAUAACACUAAUAAUGGGCAUGUGCAAUACUGGAUGUUACCAAAAAUCAUUCUACAUACGAUGUGUUUCUCCUAAAUGUCUUGAAUGCAACAGAUUAUUGUCCAUUGAAUCAGUGGGCAGGUGACAUGUAACACACCAGUCAUUGGUUCCAAUACCACUGCACUGGCAAGGUUCACCGGGUCAACCAAAAUAUCACAUAACACCACCCUGAAAUAGCCCUGUCUGCACAAACAACCUGCAUAAGUGCUUGUUUCCUUCGGGAGAAACCAACCAACUAAAACAAUCUAGUUAGCCCCAGUAUGGCUUAUGCACCGAAGAUUAAGUGGCACAAAUCAAAGACUUACCGCAACGAUGUGAUUGCCACAGCCAAUGCCACAGGUUGUGUCCUGCAGUUCUGGAACUCUCUGCUUGUGGGUGAUGAGCUGACGAUUCUCAGCAUUGUGGACGACGACGAGUAUGACUACCUUAUUGAUGCCAUUUAUGACACCAGCAACAUAGAGCAAUGGAAGAACUUCAGAUUUAACUACAGAGGCCUGCGACUAUGGUCUCUGACUUAUGAGCAGGAGCUGACCACACCACUUAACAUCACAGCUAGCCGAGGCUUCACAGACUGCCUGAGACUUCUGCUGCAGCGUGGGGCCAAUGUAGACCUGGCACCUGGGGGCACCACUGCCCUGCAUGAAUCCUGUGAAAACUGCCAGCCAGAGUGUACCAAACUGCUGCUGAUCCAUGGCGCCAACGCCAAUGCUGUCUCUGAAGACGGCGUUAUGCCUUUGCAUGUUUGCACAAGCCCUGAAUCCUUUGAAUGUGCCAAGUAUCUCCUUCAGUAUGGUGCAGCAAUCAAUGGCCGCACUGUAGAUGAAAAUGACACUCCCUUACAUGUGGCAGCCAGGAAUGGCCUCCCGGACCACACUGAGCUUUACCUGCGCUAUGGAGCUGCUGUGGACAAAAAGAAUGAUGAGGGUCUCACACCCCUGAACGCUGCUUGUUCACAACCCCAGGAGGUGCAGGACCUUGAACGUUACUUCAAGGUGUGCCAGAUACUGCUGGGGAAAGGGGCCAACGUCCACGCUAUGGACCAGGACACACGCACUCCUUUGCACAUGGCCUGUAAGAAUGUAAAUCCAGACAUAGUGGAUCUGCUGCUGGCCAAUGGUGCCAACGUUAACAACAUGGACUACGGUGGUGAAGCUCCCAUGCACAACAUCCUGAAGGUGGUGUGCUACAAGGUUUCCCAUCACCCUGAGAGGAUUGUCCGUGCUCUGCUCAACCAUGGUUCUAUUAGGGUGUGGCCUGGAGCUCUGCCCAUGGUUUUGAGGCACUGCUCUGGAUCUCCACGCACCAUCGAGGUUCUUCUGAACGCUUACAGUCAGCUCAAAGUCACAGACACCUGGGUUGAGUCUGUGUCAUCGGAGGUGUUUAAGGAACACAAAGAGUUCUAUGAGUCAAUCUUCUCUUUGGCACUGACUCCUCGCUCCCUGCAGCACUUGGCACGCUGCCGACUCAGGAGCUUCCUGGAGGGCCGGGUACACAAGGUGGUGCCUAAACUUGAUCUGCCCACCUUCAUCAAGAACUACCUGCUCCUGGAGUACAGAGGCUAUGUCCACUGAAAGCACUUUGUGUAGUCUUGUUAGUGUUAGUCCUGAUGAAGAUUGAGUGCUGCUACAUGUGAGAAAGGAGCAGCUGUUCACAAUAUAAUUACAUGUCAAGAUCAUAAUUAAAAUUGUGACAUCAGCUGUAGCACUGUACACCAGUACACUAAAUAUUUUUAAGUACAUGUUGUAAGCUUUUCAGGAUGAAGAAGCAGCUGCUUGUUCUCUGUCACUUUUAUUCCAGAUCAAUCUUUAAGCACAGUUACAUGUUUGAUUUUGCACCACAAGAGGGAGCUAUAGACUAGAGUUGACGAAGUAUACAGCAGAUAUGCAAUUAUAUGUUUUAUAUUUUUUUUUAUUUUAUGGUCACUUUUUUUUUAAACUUCUGCACUUGAUAGAAAAGAGGCUCAGAUGCUUGUAUUUUUAUACAUAAUAACUAUCAUGGUAGUUUGAUGUUAAUGCGCAUAGUGAUGAUGUGUUGUACAUUGAGGAUUGCUAUAAAACAUUUGCAUAAAUAAGUAUUGAUGUGAUUGUAAUUAGGUGUUUUAUAUCAAAAAUAGGCUUGAUAUAAAAUUAAAUAUUCCACUAUGGCCAUGUAAUCUAGUCAUUGUUCUUUUAUUAUUUCCUGCUGUCUUACAUUCUCUCUCUUUCUUCUCUCAUGCUUCUGCUUCUACUCUGCUGCUCAGUGAGGUUUUGUUUCUGGAAAGAAAAAUAUUGAAAGUGAUGAAUACCGAUUGUAUUUGGUGCUUUUAUCAAGAGAGUCCGAGAAGGUUAUUCGUCUUUAACUUGGCCAUAUGAUUCAGAAAGCUUUGACGCAAUGGCGAAACGAGAGAAAGACAAGAGUUCAGUAAGCUGCACCUGUCACGUUCUCCCAUCAGUCAAUUACGUGGGGGGAAAGUUAACUUGGAGGGAUCAUUAUGGUCACAUUUAGCAAAAUGACAAUUAUCUGCAGACUUAUUUAUAUUAGUUUACCUUAUUUUGAAAAAACAACAGUGACAACAUUUUCAUCACCUCUUGUGACAAUUAAAAUAUGUAAACUAUUUUGUUAGAACAGGUUGUAGGAGGCCAUUUAUAUUAGGCCUACUUCUGUCAUCCUGUAUGAGACUUUUAUAUUAA